AAGACGACUCUCCGCUCUCUUGACCAAUCACAGCUCGGCAUCUCAGUCGACCAUUGAUGACACAAUUGAAGCAUGCCUGAGAGCGGAGGAUGUUGAGGCUCCUUCUGAAGGUCUUUACCUCCGUGCAAACUCAAAGAAACCAAAGAGCUGGUGCUUUUUACAGGAGCCUCUUUUCUGUUGCAUCACCGCCAGUGGGUUCUGCCUUUGUUUUGAAGCCCACAAUGGAUCAUAAACUGUACCGGCCUCCUCCAGAGGUCCGGGGUAUGACCUCCCUGGACAAGGAGGCUUUCUCACAGACCGUCACUGUCCCAGCUCUACGGGUGCCGACUGGGGUCUUAAACAAAGUGGUAAAGAGCCUAAAAAAGGCAACCAUCCAGCGCCCUGGGGUGCCCAGGGUGGUCCAAGACAAAGAGGAGAGUAGUGACUUUCGUUUGGUCCUGUUGGACCCCCACAGAAUGACGUCAUCAGGCUCCUUCAGUGAGGCUGAAGCUGAGGCUCUGAGGUCCUUCAGUGUCUCUGAGGAGCUGCAGCACUAUGAGAUGAGGCUCACAUAUGACAACCUGAAGAGUGAAGAGGUACUGGAGGCGGUUCUCCCACAGGGUCAAGAUGUGACCUCUGCGUUCAGCAGGGUGGGACACAUCGCACACAUGAACCUGAGGGACCACCAGCUCCCCUACAAAAACCUCAUAGGUCAAGUCAUCAUGGACAAAAACCCUGGUGUGACCUGUGUGGUCAACAAGACAAACACGAUUGACACAACUUUCCGCUUCUUUAAGAUGGAGGUGCUAGCUGGAGAGGAAAACAUGGUCGCCAAAGUAAGAGAAAACGGGGUGGCGUACGAGUUUGAUUUUUCUCGUGUGUACUGGAACCCCCGGCUGAGCACAGAGCACCAGCGUGUUGUGCAGCUCACCAAACGUGGUGACACUGUGUUUGAUGUGUUUGCCGGCGUUGGCCCCUUCGCCAUCCCAGCCGCUCGCUCCGGUGCCCACGUGUUGGCCAACGAUCUGAACCCAGAGUCUUACCGGUGGCUUCAGCACAACUGCAAACUCAACAAGGUGGAGAGCAAAGUCCAAACCUUUAACCAGGACGGCCGAGCGUUCAUCCAGGGAGCCGUGAAGCAGGAGCUGCCCGCGCUGCUGAAGCGGAAAGCUGGUAUCCAUGUGGUGAUGAACCUGCCUGCGCUGGCUCUGGACUUCUUGGAUGCAUUCAGAGGCCUGCUGAAUCAGGAGCCUGGCUGUGAGGAGACACUACCCAUAGUGCACUGCUAUGGUUUCUCCAAAGACAACGACCCAGAGACUGAUGUGGUGAAGAGGGCGUCCCGCAGCCUCGGGUUCCCUCUGGAGAAGGAAUGCUCUGUGCAUUUUGUCCGCAAUGUAGCACCCAACAAAGAUAUGCUGUGUGUGACAUUCACACUCCCUAAAGAGGUCCUCUUCAGCCGUGACCAUGAACACACAGAGUCCGAAGAACCCGCACCAAAGAGACAGAAGUGUGAGGAAGCUACAGAUUCCACAUGACCUCACUUCUCACUUUUGAAGUUUUUGAGUUGUGAAUGCUUGUUUUUUUUUUUUAACACAAAGUUCUAUUGUUCCUUUUUAUCAAAUAUGUUGCAUAAUUUCACAAGAAAUCAGAAUCUGUUAGAGCUGUUCCUCUUCAGAUCAUUUAUUGUUUAAAUUUUAAAUAAACUAAUGGAAUGAUGGACGCA